UACAUAUGGCGUCAAUGUCGUAAAAGGUGGAUGCUUUGGACGUGGCUGGAAUCAAAGGCUACCGGCAUUGGCCGUGACCCGAUAACUCAAGCCAUUGUUGCUGACGACGAUUGGUGGGAAGACAAGGACCAGAAAAAGGACGGAGCUCGUGUCUUCAAAGAUUCCCCUCUCAAGCACAUCGACCUUCACUGUGCUAUUUUUUCGGGGCGCACAGUGGUAGGGAACCACUCUGCUGUUGCAGGCGCAGCACCAGCACCUCCUCAGCAGCCAACUCCAAGGCCCAACAUCAAUAUCUCACAGCUGCUAGCUCAACAACAAAACAUUGCGACUCCAGGAGUUUCAAGUGCAGGAAAAGGCAAGAGGCUAGCAGAUGAAGCUGGCACUUCGAGGGGAUCGGCUUCAAAGAAGAGUCGAAGUGACUCAGCCGGUGAUGCCCUGCACCGGCUAGCUGAUUUGCGAGUGGAGUUGAUGGAGAGCCGUUCCCGGAAGGUGGAAGAGGACAGGGCUAGAAGUGCAGCAGCUUGCAUCCAGUUGGUGGUAGCUGAUGGACAUAACCCAGGGAGUGAUUUAUUCUUUAUGGCACUGGAUGUAUUUGAGCGUGCUUAUUGGCGUCAAUGGUUCAUUGAUUACUGCCCUACACCCGAGUCACGGUCCCAUUACAUAGUACAGACAUGGCAAAAGCAAUUUGGCGGAAAAGGAGCUGGUGGCCAAGGAGGUGGACAGCCUGGAUACGAAGGAGGAACUGGGCAGCAGUGUUAUGGUGUAGGAGCACCCCCGCCAACUGGCCAGCAGGGUUAUGGUGGAGGAGUACCCCCGCCAACUUGUUCAGGAGGUCAUACAGGGUUUGGAGGUUGGUAGGGGGGUGGCCCUGGUGGAGGUGGGGGUCCUGGUAGCGUAGAUGGUAAUGGGUUCUAUUGAGUUGCUCUUGCUUGGUCAGUUGCUUGGAGCUCACUGAGAGGAGGAGAUUCAUAUGAGAGGCAUAAAAAAUAAUGCUCACCAUACUGUUUGCAGUAGGAUUUUAGCAUCUGCUUAACUGUUUUUUUCUUGUAUGAUUUGUACCCUCUUGUUGUAUGAUUUUAGCAUCUUGUUGUAUGAUUUUUAGCAUCUGCUUUACUCAUUUCUAAUGCUUGUAGUCUGAACUGGUACUUGUGGUAUGUCACUGUGAAAUUU